AUGUCGAACCGCUACUCGGUCUUCUCAACCCAGUCCGGCGGGUUCCCAGCUGGCCCUCGGCCGGCUUCCCAGCACACCACGCAGGUGUCAACUACCACGUUGCUCAAUGCCCUUCACUCGUUCUAUUCAGCUGGUCAACCAUACCAGCUGGAUUCGGGCACCAGCUUGGCCGUAAACACAUGGGUGACUGCCGCUACCAUCUUGCCAGACGGCCGUAAUGGGGCUACGGUGGACCGUGACCUGGCCGUCCGGGCUUGGGAACAUGCCCGGAGGCGAGCCGAGGAUGGCUGUAUCAUUCUAGGCUCGCUACACCAGUCAACUCCGUCAUUGUUGGAGCCAUUCCUAACUGCGCUGCCAGUCUCCACCCCGGAGACAGCCUACACAUCUCUCGCAGCGCUACGGCCGUUCCUCUCCGCUGUGACUUCGUUCAAUCCAUCAUACUCGCUACACUCGGCCUUCUCCGCCUCUUAUACAUUGACUCUGCAGGGCACAGUCAUCGGUCUGUCUCUGGCGCUCUCCACAUCUGGCAUCAACGUCCGUAAAGGUCUCUUGGAGAUCCCUGGCGAGGCCGGCUUCCGCGCAUUCGAUGUCUUUUACUACCUCCUGACUUCCGCUUCUACCGCCGCGGAGCGUGAAUUCCUGGACCUUCAAGAACUUUCCAAUUAUUCUCUGCUCAAUCGAUCGGGCACCUAUUCGCCUCCUUCCUAUCUCCCUACUGCCGACGAUGCAGCUGCCGCUGAAGAUCUGCGUGCCAACCUCAAGGCAAUCGGUAUCAAGGGUGCUGCGCAGCGAGGCCUGCUUUCUGUUCUUGCGGGUCUGCUCAAGCUCGGCAAUGCUGCUGGGCUGAUGGUAGACCAGGAGGAAUUGGAGGAUGUCUGCGAAGACGUUGGUGGUCUCCUUGGAGUCGACCCCGAGGUCUUGCUGCACAAGUGCUCUACCGAUGAGCGUGAGGUCUUGAUCGCUGGAAUAUACGAAGCCCUCGUCGACUGGGUCAUCGGCAAAGCCAACGAGGCCAUUGCAGCCGAGAUUCAGAAUUCUCUGGAGAACGACUCCAGUACUGGUGGUGCCGGUGCGGCCCAUUAUGCUAAUGAGGAUACCGUCGGCCUGACAGUCAUCGACAUUCCGCGCCCGGCGUUGGGUAAAGCCAUUGCCAUGCGGGGUGUCUUUGAUGAUGAAUUGGGUCUCAAUGCCGAGAUGAAAGAAGAUGGCAUUGCUCUUCCAGCUGUCGGCCAGUCAGUUGUCAGUGAAAUGAGUGCUGCCGUGGCUCAGGUCGAGCCCGACCUCGGCAUCAUGACUGGUGCUGCUGGCCGUGAACGCGAGCAUGACCUGGACAGGCGUCAAGGUGUCUUGGAGAAGGUCGGAUUAGAAGCCGAGGCAGACUCCUUCUUGCGACAGCUCCUGUUCCCCGUUGAGAGCGAGGGCAUCACCCUGGGCAAGCGGGGACGCUUCGAUCUUCCCACCACCUUGGGUAGCAGCCGUGUCUGGUAUCACCUGUCGAUCCACCCCACGGAUGACCUCCCGGAACAGCUCACUGCCAAUACUGCGGCCUGGUCUGCGGGUGCAGUCUCGCGCCAAUUGAGAGAUUGGCGACUGCCCGAAUGGGCCAACCGGCGCCUCAAGCAACUCGACUUCACCGCGGACUUUGACGUGGAAGAAUUCGUCGGUCGCUAUGCCCGACUUGGCUGCACUGAAGGCCAAGAUGGUGUCGAGAACUGGAUCCUCGAAAGAGGCUGGAGCAACGGGGAUGCCGUUGUUGGCCAACAGCGUAUCUGGAUGAGAGAGGGUGCGUGGUGGGAAGCCGAGUCUAUGCUGGACCUCAAGCCGGAGGAGAUGCCCGCAAACCCCUUCGGAUAUGGUGCGACCAUGUACGAACCCGGUUUCACUCCUGAUGGUAACCCCAUCGGGGAAAGCUCCAACCUCUUGGGAGCCGAUAUGAUGAUGCACAAUCAAAGCGUUAUCGCCCCCAGCGUUGUCAUGGGUGGUGCAAAAUCUAUCGCCCCCACUGGAAUCACUCACACCGGUGGUGGUGACUAUGGUCUUGGUCACAAGGGUGACGAUAACAAGGGUGAUAUUGCCUACUACGAUGACUAUGGCCGCUACAUUGGCGACCUUGACCCGGAAUUCGGCGACCCCAAGCACAUCGAGAAGAAGAAGAUCUCAGUCGGUCGUCGCGUUUGGACUGGCCUCGUAUGGGCUCUCACCUUUUGGAUCCCGUCCUUCGUUCUUCGGUAUAUUGGUCGCAUGAAGCGUCCCGAUGUCCGAUUUGCCUGGCGAGAGAAGCUCGUCUUGGUUCUCAUCAUCUUGCUCUUCAACGGAAUUGUCUGCUUCUACAUUAUCGCCUUCGGUGACCUGCUGUGUCCGAACAAAGCCAAGGCCUGGAACAACAAGGAAGUCAGCUGGCACACCCAAGACAACAACUUUUUUGUCAGUAUUCAUGGCCGCGUCUACGAUAUUUCCAAGUUCUGGAAGCUCCAGCACAGCGACAUCGCAAUCGAGACUACCUCGUCCAACAUGGAGCCUUUUGCAGGACUGAACCUGGACGCUUAUUUCCCUCCUCCGCUCACUCAGUACUGUGGUAACUUUGUCACCGACGAAUCGAUUCAGCUGUUGAACAAUGACACUGAUGCCGUGGUGUAUUCCGAGGCAAAGCACAACUGUGGUCCCCGCAACUACCCUCAGACCACUACGAAGCUCCACAAGAUUACCUGGUAUGGAGAUGUGUUCUUGCCUAAGAUUGCCGACUACUAUAAGGGUGAACUGGUCUGGUCGAAGAGCACUAUCGAGAAGCAAGCCAAUGACUAUUCCCGAUACUGGGUCAUCGUGAAUCAGAAGGUUUAUGAUCUUACGGACUACUUCUACACUGCCAAGACCGAAAACAACCUCGACUCGUACGCUUUUUUGCCAAAUGCGGUGACCACUUUGUUCAAGAAUUAUCCCGGCCAAGAUGUGACAGACAAAUGGCAGGAUACCCAAGACUUCCGGAACGCGCAACGCUGUCUUGACUACGUCUUCUACAAGGGCAAAGUCGAUUUCCGGGACAGUCCAAAGUGUACUGUGAACAAUUGGGUUCUUCUGGCAUUCACUAUUCUCAUUUGUUCCGUGAUUCUCGUCAAGUUCUUGGCAGCGCUGCAACUGGGAUCCAAACGUCGACCGGCACCUCAAGAUAAAUUCGUCAUUUGCUUGGUUCCUGCCUAUACCGAGGGCGAGGACUCACUCCGAAAGGGUCUGGACUCUUUGACUGCCCUGCAGUACGACAACAAGCGCAAGCUCAUCUUUGUCAUCUGUGAUGGUAUGAUCGUUGGUGGUGGUAAUGACCGCCCAACCCCGAAGAUUGUUCUCGACAUUCUCGGCGUGGACCCCAAGAUGGAUCCUCCCGCUCUGCCAUUCAGGUCUGUCGGCCAGGGUAGCGAGCAGCUGAACUACGCAAAGGUCUAUUCAGGUCUGUACGAGUACGAGGGCAAUGUUGUCCCGUACAUUGUUGUGGUCAAGGUCGGCAAGGAAUCCGAGCAGCGCAAGUCCAAGCCUGGUAACCGUGGUAAGCGAGACUCGCAAGUGCUGCUUAUGCAUUUCCUGAACCGUGUCCACCACCGUGCCCCCAUGUCGCCCAUGGAGCUGGAAAUCUUCCAUCAGAUCAACAACAUUAUUGGCGUUGACCCCGAACUGUAUGAAUACUGCUUCAUGGUCGACGCUGAUACCAGUGUCAAGGAAGAUUCGUUGAAUCGUUUGGUUGCCGCUUGUGCGGCUGAUGCUAAGAUCGCCGGUAUCUGUGGUGAGACUAGUCUUCAGAACGAGGAGCGUAGUUGGUGGACCAUGAUUCAGGUUUACGAGUACUAUAUCUCCCAUCAUCUGGCCAAGGCCUUCGAGUCCUUGUUCGGUAGUGUCACUUGUCUUCCUGGAUGUUUCUGCAUGUACCGUCUGAGAACUGCGGACAAGGGACGCCCUCUCAUUAUUUCUGACAAGGUCCUCCAAGAGUACGCUGAUAUCGACGUCGACACUCUGCACAAGAAGAAUCUGCUGUCUCUGGGUGAGGAUCGAUUCUUGACCACCCUCAUGACCAAGCACUUCCCGACAAUGCGCUACAAGUUCAUCCCCGAUGCAUUCGCGAGUACCGCCGCCCCUGAGACUUGGAGUGUGCUGGUUUCGCAGCGUCGUCGCUGGAUCAACUCCACUAUUCACAAUCUUGUCGAAUUGGCAGCUCUUAAGGAUCUUUGCGGCUUUUGCUGCUUCAGUAUGCGAUUCGUCGUGCUCGUGGAUCUUCUGGGAACAAUCAUUCUUCCCGCAACUUGUGUCUACCUGGGCUAUCUCAUCUACCGUGUCGCCAGUCACACUGGUCCCUUCCCCAUGAUCUCAAUUGUCAUGUUGGCUGGUGUCUAUGGUCUUCAGGCUAUUAUCUUCAUCAUCAAGAGACAGUGGCAACACAUUGGAUGGAUGCUUAUCUAUCUUCUGGCCUUCCCCAUCUACAGUUUCGUGCUCCCUCUGUACUCAUUCUGGAAGCAGGAUGACUUCACUUGGGGUAACACCCGUGUGGUUAUCGGUGAGAAGGGUGACAAGCGAGUCAUUGCCGUGGAAGAUGAGGGCUUUGAUCCCCGCAGUAUUCCUCUGCAGCGCUGGGAUGACUAUGCCCUGGCUAACAACCUCCCUGGCCGCCGCGGUGAAGUUGGUGCCAACCAAGAGAAGGUCCAAUACACUGGCCGCUACGUGGAUGAGCAUGCCAUGGAGAUGGAUGAUAUGCACUCGCAGUACUCGUCUGUCCGACCAGCGUCGACCAUCCUGACUGGCUUCCCGGGUCAAGGUCGCCACGUGAGCCCGUACAUGCCCCCGCAGUCACCGGCUCCCUUCACCGGGGGGAAUGUGGCCGGCAACCGCAAUUCGCAGAUGACUAGCUUCUCCCGCUACACGGACUAUCCUCAGAUGGGCGCUCAUCCCGCAGCUGCUUCUCGUCACAUGUCCGUUGGCAACCUCAGCGCGUACCAGGAAAACCCUGGCCAUUCCAGCCGUCACAGCAUUGGCUUGAUGCAAAGCAGUGAGAACCUUCUCGCUGCCUCCCGCUCGCGCAGCCCACUAGGUCAACUCCCUUCGCGACCUGCCAGCACUGCCUUUGAUUUCCGUGCUGCCAGUGGUCCGGAUGAGCUUGCUAUCACUGAGGCGAUCCGCCACUGCCUUUCUGAAGUGGAUCUCGACACUGUUACGAAAAAGCAAGUCCGUGUCCUCGUUGAACAACGCCUUCAGACAUCUCUCUCCGGCGACAAGCGAGCCUUCGUGGACCGCCAGAUCGACCACGAGCUUGCCAACAUGUGA